AUGAUUAUAGCCUUGUGCAUCAGUCUGAUUCCGGUCAUUUUGACAACCACUGUCCAAGCUGAUGUAAGUAAGUCAGACGUCACCAGAUCAUACCUCCGUGACUGUGCCACUGUUGAGGUGGAUACGAGCAAGAAUCCUAGCCAUGAAUACAAGCUUAUAUUGGAGUUGGCCGAAUCACCGAAUAACAAGGCGACGAGCAACUCAAGCUCCGUGAAAUUGUGUAACAUCCCUAUGUGUCGAGAAGUGAGGCUUCGAUUUACAAUGUUUAGUAGAGCGACGAGCAAUAAAGAAUUCCAACAGAUCUAUACUGAGGAUAUCCGGAAAUCAUUGGACGCUCCGGCAAUCACAAACCUGCACACAGCAGCUCCCCAUGGCCAAAGUGUCGUCUUACGUUGGACACUUCAAAACUACAACGAUUGCAAGGACAAGGAAUUGGUGUUCUUCCUAUUCGGCGAUAAGACAAUCAUGCAACUAGCUAAGGGAGAAGAGAUUAGAAUCCCAUACUUAACCAACGGCCAGAGGUACAGUGUGUAUGCAUUUCCAAAUUGUGUGGACAAGGAAAUACGUGUCUUCACAACUCCGAAAUUCGAGCUGCAUGCGCAAUAUUAA